GGUGAGGAUCAGAAAAUGAACGCCUCCUCCUGCUGGGAUCCUGAGGUCACCAUGUACAAGCAGAGCGACAGAUUUGACCUCAAUGCCAGCUGUGAAUGGACAUCAGGGGACGCAGCGCUGCGGCUGCCUACCUUUUCUACAGCGGCCAAAGUCAGAGUGAUCAUUACCUUCAUCCUGUGUGGCGUUUCCACUUUCUGCAAUUCAGCUGUGCUGUGGGCAGCCAAUGGCCACAAACGCAAAUCCCACGUCAGGGUGUUGAUAAUCAACCUGACUGCAGCCGAUCUCUUGGUUACCUUCAUCGUGAUGCCUGUGGACGCCGUGUGGAACAUCACUGUCCAGUGGCUGGCUGGCGACCUGGCCUGCAGAUUAUUGAUGUUCCUCAAACUGCAGGCCAUGUACUCCUGUGCCUUUGUCACAGUGGUGAUUAGUCUGGACAGACAGUUCGCCAUCCUCAACCCUCUGUCCAUUGGCAUGGCCCGCAAAAGAAACAGGGUCAUGUUGACAGUGGCGUGGACUAUGAGCACCUUAUUCUCAAUCCCUCAGAUGUUAAUUUUCCACAAUGUGACCAUCACAUAUCCAGCCAACUUUACUCAGUGCACCACGAGGGGCAGCUUCGUCACUCACUGGCAGGAAACCGCCUACAACAUGUUCACCUUCUGCUGCCUCUUCCUGCUGCCACUGGUCAUAAUGAUCAUCUGCUACACAAGGAUCUUCAUCCAGAUCUCCAAGAGGAUGACAGGAAAGAGCUUGUCCUCCAAUGAGCCACAUCUACGCUGUUCAAAGAACAACAUUCCCAAAGCACGAAUGAGAACUCUGAAAAUGAGCAUCGUCAUCGUAAUCUGCUUCAUCGUCUGCUGGACGCCGUACUACCUACUGGGUCUUUGGUACUGGUUCUUCCCAGAUGACCUGAAAGGGAAAGUCUCUGACUCCCUCACCCACAUUCUGUUCAUCUUUGGCCUUUUCAACGCCUGCCUGGACCCCAUCAUAUACGGUCUGUUCACCAUACGCUUCCGCAAGGGGCUGAGACACAGCCACCACAAUGCUGCAGCGAUGUCACACAAGGAAACCUCCACAGUGAUAACAGAUGCUCUGAACUGUACUGCUGUCACUUUGCUGUGUAAAAGAGGGAUGAUCACUGGUCAGGUCAGCGAGAGUGAACAGGCUCAGGCAAAAUCCACUGACUCCAGCUGCCUGACUGUGUUCAGUCAAGGAGAGGGAGGACAAUCAGGCCACUUCAGAUGUGAGAGCACAAUGUGAUGAAGAGAAAAACAAGAACCCUGAACUAUACAUAAUAUACUGGUGUUUCUUUACUGGAUAUGUUCAUUAUAUAUUAAUUUAUAUAUACAUUCACUUCAACAUCUAACAUGCAUGAGUAAGUCUGAAAACAUACUGUAACGUUCUCUGUUUAGAGUAAUGUCUUCAUGUGUCUUUGUUGGGAGACACUUGAGGCUACCCAUCUUAUUUUAAGAUUAUAUAAGAGCUUUUUGUCUGGAGCUCUUUAAUGGUUUUUGUGUUGCAUAACUUGUUCGCUAUGUCCAAUGUAGAUUCCCUGUUACACAACACUGCUUUUACACACUGCAUACCAGUCUUUUUUCUGGUCUCAAAUG